AUGACGCUCACCAUUCUUAUGGCUGAUACCCCUUUUUUUGACUCAAACCUCUCAACUACAUGGCUUUUGACUAUUGGACCAGUGGACGAGCCAGCUCGAAAGUUCCAUCAAUUGCCUAUGACGUUUUCCUUGUCCUUUUCCUUUUUCUUUUUUCUCUAUGUUACGAAGGAGGAAUUUUUAAGCGGUGGCAUUUUCGUCAGCGAUCUGAAACGAGGCCUUCUCUUUGAAUCCUCAUCCUGCGGCUACUCUGCUAAAUCCCUUCUGCUCAUUCUUAAACCUAUGCCACAACUCAGAAAGUGCUCGUUGCUUUCACUCACACUCUGA